UUUAUAUGGUUCUAUUCUUACACGGAGGAUUUAAGAUUCGUUGGCACGCAGGAACGGCCAAAAUGCGUUUCUUGGACGUCGUUUUCUUUCUGUAUUUUCUGACGCAUAUUCCAAUCGCCUUGUUGUUUGAUUCUCAGGGGGUAUUUCCUGAACAGUAUUACCCCAAACUUCUUGUUGAUACAAAGAAGUGGUACUGCCGAGAAUUCAAGGACUCUCUGAUGAUUGAUCCACCUUCAUGGUUUUUUGCUUUUCUUCUUUGUGAGGUUCUACUUCAGUUUCCAUUUUUCUUUGUGGCAACAUACGCCUACCUCAAAGGUGCUGCAAAGUCUACAUGGAUUCGUAUUCCAGUGAUUAUUUAUUCAAGCCAUGUGGUUACAACUCUUAUAGCUAUAUUUUAUCAUAUGCUGACCUCUGAUUUCACCAAUUCAAAGUACCCAGGGCCAGCAACGAUGAAAGAACGCCUGACUCUAAUGAGCAUUUAUUCCCCCUACUUUAUUAUACCAUUGUUAAACCUGUGUGAUGCUUGCUUUAGCUCAGCUUACAAGGAGGUGAAAAAAAUAAAACGACAGUAGAAUGCUUUUUUAACCUGUGGUGAGCUUUUUUUUUUCUUCAUUAUUUUUAUGUGCAUGAAGAAUUUUCAUUCCCUUAAAAAUUAUUUUUCUUCAAGAAAUCACAUCAUAUGUGUAUAAAAUAUACAUUUCUGCUGUUCAGAUUAUAAUACCCCCUACAAAAAAGUUCAGCACAAGUACUACCUCAACUUAUGGUUUGCUAACCAUUUUGAAAAACCUAUAAUGAAUUGACAAUUUUUAAAUUGAAGUGUAAUGCCCAUAAUUUGUUGCCAACUCAGCACACCAUCAGAUCACUCUAAUCAAGCUAAUAGACAUCUAAAAAGCACUCACAUGCAUGGUACAUGCCACUUAUUAACCAACUAAUCUGGUAAUGAUUUUUUAAAAUUAGCUAUCAUGCUUUAUUAACACUUAACCAUUAACCAAAAAUCUGGCACUGAUGCUAACAAACUGGCUGUCAUGCUUUAUUAACACUUUAGGUUUUGCCUCUAGGAUGUAUUGUUCUAUCACUUUGUAAAAAUUGCAUGUUCUGAGCCUGUUUCUUUUGUCCUGUUUAUUUGUUAGGAAGAUAUUUCUUGCCUCCAUCUUUUCCUUCAGAAUAUAUUCUUUUUAUCUUUCACAUGCUUGAAAUGCUUUAUGCUGUACUUUAUUUUGUACUUUUCUGCUUUGUACCUUUUAAGUCCUAUUAUAUGUUGCACUUAUGGCAUAGCUGCUCGUGAUAAAAGAUGGACAUAAAUGAAAGCAAACAUCCCACCUUGAGAGUUUUUGGUUUGCAGCUGAGGAUGGGGAUAUGGUAACUUGCUUGAUGGAGGGGAAGCUCUGUACCAGGGCACUUUUUAUGAUGAUGAAAUGGAUUUUUAAAUAAAGUUUUAAUAUUUUCUGUAUGAGA